GUCCCUGCUGCCAUCCCGGGGAAGGAGCGCGGAAGCGAGUGGGCGGCGAGAGGCGGGGCGAGGGACGCGGGGGGCGUGGACGCGACCGGCUUUGGAAAGGCCCCAAGUUAAUGAGGCGUGCGCCCGCGGCAGAGCGCCUUUCGGAGCUGGGCUUUCCCCCGCGGUGCGGGCGCCAGGAGCCGCCUUUUCCGCUGGGUGUCACUCGGGGGUGGGGGGGAUGGCCCAUUCAAAAGCGCCGCGAGGGGGCCCGGCCAGUGCCCUUCAGUGAGCGCUCGCAAGAGGACGGCAGAGGCCCGGCGGCUCGCAGCUCCGGGACCUUGUGGCGCACCAGGACGCGGCUGCCCCUCUGCCCGGACCCCGAGCCGCGGACGCUCUGUUUCUUUCGUGUUAGCCUCCUCUGCGCGCUCCGGGCGGGCGGCCGCGGGAGCCGCUGGGGCGAGGACGGCGCGCGGCUGCUGCUGCUGCCCCGGGCCCGGGCGGCUGGAAGUGGAGAGGCCGAGCCGAGCGGCGGCCCCCCCUAUGCCGAUAGGAUGUUGGAGAGCAGCGGCUGCAAGGCGCUGAAGGAGGGUGUGUUGGAGAAGCGAAGCGACGGGUUGCUGCAGCUCUGGAAGAAAAAGUGCUGCAUCCUCACUGAGGAGGGGCUGCUGCUCAUCCCACCCAAGCAGCUGCAACACCAGCAGCAGCAGCAGCCACAGCCGGGACAGGGGCCGGCCGAACCGUCCCAACCCGGAGGCCCCGCCGUGGCCAGCCUCGAGCCGCCGGUCAAGCUCAAGGAAUUGCACUUUUCCAACAUGAAGACCGUGGACUGCGUAGAGCGCAAGGGCAAGUAUAUGUACUUCACUGUGGUGAUGACCGAGGGCAAGGAGAUCGACUUUCGAUGCCCACAGGACCAGGGCUGGAACGCCGAGAUCACGCUGCAGAUGGUGCAGUACAAGAAUCGUCAGGCGAUCCUGGCGGUCAAGUCCACGCGGCAGAAGCAGCAGCACCUGGUUCAGCAGCAGCCCCCGCAGCCGCAGCUUCAGCCCCAACCUCAACCUCAACCUCAACCCCAGCCCCAGCCCCAGCCUCAGUCUCAGCCGCAGCCCCAACCCAAGCCUCAGACUCAGCUCCAGCCGCAGCCCCAGCAGCUCCAUCCGUAUCCGCACCCGCACCCGCACCCGCACCCGCACCCGCAUCAACUACCGCACCCGCACCAACAAGCGCUCUCGCAGCCGCACGGCCACCGGCUUCUCCGCAGCACGUCCAACUCUGCCUGAAGGGAGCAGCACCCGGGCCCCACAAGGUUUUGAGGACUUAAGGAAGUGGGACGAGCAUCUUUCUAUUGUCUUCACUUGGAUGGAAAACAAAACAUUCUCCCCGCCCCGCACGAGACCAAGUAGCUUGGACGUCACCCGACCGAUAACUUGGAAUUCUUCUUAGUUUUCUGCAUACUCUUAUCACAAUGCAGGAAACGAUUUUGAGUCCAGAAGCUUUAUUUAUGAACCUUUGAAAGGAACUUCUAGAGCGGUGGACCUUCUAGGAGCGAUGAUGUACUGUAAUUUUAUUUUAAUGUAUUUUGAUUUAUGAUUAUUUAUUAGUUUUGUUUUUUUUAAAAAAAAUACUUGUUCUUAGACAUUUCUGAAUGUAGGCCGUUUUCCAAAAAGGAAACUUUAUUUUCAAAAACCUAUUCUCUAGUAAGUUCUAAUCUUGAAAAAGAAAAGGGCAGUGGAGGGGAAAGCAUUAAGAAUUCAUUAUUUCUAGGGCAUUUUCAGAAUGUCUGACACUUUCAUUGUUAUGCCAGGUGAUUGAAAUUAAACUCUGUGAUAUAACUUCUUUUUUUUUUUACCCCCCCUUGGGCAUAUAUUUUGUGUAGAAUAGAAGUUUAAAGAAGCUAAAUGUUCAUAAUUGUGUAAUUAUGAAAACCUAAUUGUUGUUCUACAAGGAAAUGGGUAGUAACGAUACCUAAUUCAAAAUAUUUAAAACAUAACCCAACUGAUGGCAGGAUGGUUUUAUCAUGAAUGUGUAGUAGGGCUGCAUCUACUGUAGGAGAAGGAAAGCCUUGCUUAUACGAUCUGUGUGUGAAGGCUUUACUAGGGCGGUUUCUAUGCUUUCUGAGUAUGAAAGCAGUAGGUGUUUCAUUUCCAAAAAUGUAGUGAUGGGGGAAAGGGACUCAUUCAACUCGCUUGAGACAACGUUUGUGCUCUGUCCACGCUAGAGAUACCCCUUCUCCGAGGGCUUUGCAUACAUUACUUGAACCACGGUUUCUUAUUUUACUCUAGAAGCAUACUCUAGAAUCUUAGAGUUCAAAAAUACAGUUUAUAAAUAUUUCAGAGGACUAGGAGUCAUACCUUUGUUUUCAUACUGAAAAUAAUGUUGAUCAGAGAAACCAACUGUUUUGCUUUUUAUUGCUCUGUGAAAAAUUAGAAGGUUAUGUGUUUUGUUGUUAGGUUAACUAAACUCAGAACUUGAAAAGGGAAGGACUGGAUAAACACUGGAUUUUCAGUAAGAAAACAACCCCAGUCUUGUUUUAGCAGCCACUUGUUCAGGAGGGGUGGGGUGGGGGAGGAUGUGCUUUUAAAGGUAGAACAAACCCUCUUCUGUGUUAAAUCAAAAGAAUGGUCAAAAUCCACAAGGGCAGAUGCUACUUCAGUUUAAAACGAGCCAUAGAUGAUACCAAAUCCUCUCGGGGCUGAAAAUCACUUCCUAUCUGCAUGGCUUUACUAACAGGUCUCUGUUUUCCAUUAUCUUUUUCACCAAGUCUUGAUCAGUAUUUUUCCAGCAUCCAAUUUGAAAUGGUCAGGUCAGGCCUGUGCUAAGUUACGUAGUCCAAAAAUGAAAACAGAAUUUUAUGCCAGUGAUGUCUUUAUUCUCCCUCCAUCUUGAAAGGAGUUUCAUGGUCAAAUUACAUUUUAGUGCAAUAUAUAAAUGAUGAAAUUUUGAGAUCAUACCUCUAAUCCAAAAAGUUACAGGGGAAACUGAAACUUGAGCAAGUGGCAAGCAGAACUUAAGUAGACUCCCACUUCCAAUGGCUGUUUACGUUGUGGCUGUGAAAAAUAUGCUGCAAAGAUUUAAAAAAUCAGACAUUUAUAAACAUAUAUAUGAUGAGCAGCUCAGAGAGCCAGAUCUAAAGAGUUCUUAAGUCAAGUUUGGUUUGGCUUCUUUGGAACCACUGCUGGACUUUUUAAAUAAUGCCUCACUGUACUGUAGUUUUAAUACGUGUAGAUCAUAUAACCCUUAUUAAACCACAGUGUUUGUUCCACAUAGAAUGAUUUUUUUUCCUUCAAAUUCUUGUGCUAUAAAAAAAGUAAAAUCCAUACUAAGCACUUUUAAAAUUAAGAUUCAUGAAGGUUUUUAAAAGGCACUUGUAUGUCAUUAGUUUACAUACAGGCUAGGUAGUGUCAUUGGAAAAAACUAAGCUGGCUGCUGGAAUUUUUUUCCCCACAAUGGCCAUGAUUCUUAAUGAGGCCACCAGAAUCAUGGUUCCUCACAGCACUUAGUCCCUGAUCUGCUGUGAUGUUUAUGCUGAGUUGACCCGUUUAGUGGCUCUCUAGUCUGAAUGCCUCUUAGCAUUUAAUUGAAACCUCAGAAAUGAGAAAGGAAAGGAGUAAGAUGGUUUCUGUUGUUUGACACUUUGAGAUCAUUAUGGUUUAAUCAUUUUUCCAGAACAAGAAAACAAAUAUGCUUAACAAAGCUUAACAAAACAAAAUACUGAUGCAAGUCAUUUAAUGUGUCAGUGCUCUAUUCUACCCAUAAGAAAAUGAUGCAAACCACCUACAGUAUUAUGAGGCCUGACAAAUCAGCUUCAUGGUAAAAGGUAAAACUACUUCUUUUAACCCAAGAAAAGGAAAAAGGAAAGGGCAGGUCUAAUAGAAAACCCACCCCUUAAACAAACAUAAAAUGUAAAAUGCUGGAAAACUAAAAGGAAUGUCCCAUCUGGAAAGUGAACUUUUGUCCUUGAACUUGUGUUGGCACCACGCCUCAUACACAGUGAGCUCAAUAACUGUUUGUUGGGACAAAUGAAAGAAAGAAGGAAAAAAUGUGUAACUCCCCAGCACCCAGGAGGUAGUUUCUCUUGCCUCACAAAGUACUUCCUUUACUCACUCUCAUGUCAUUCCUUGAGAACAACUAAUUCUGGAUCAGGCUACACCACAUGACGAAGCUCCUUAGGGAUCCUUUCUUAGCGGAAAUCACAUAGAUUUGCGUAUGCCCUACAGGGAGUACUGAUGUCAGAGAAUAAAUGGCUAUAAAGGGCCCUUUCAAAAUGAACAUUUCCCUCAUAGAGGAAGCUGGGAUUCUCUUGUCAUGUAGAAAUCGAACCCACGUUAUAAUUUCACAUAGUUUUUCCAAUGGAGGUUAAAAAAAAACACCCAAAAGACAGAAAACCCAACUCGUUGCUUCACAAAGUUCCCCUCACAUAUAAACACCGUUAGGAAGUCUGGCUUAAAUUGAAAGGCCUGUUUUAAUGCUUUCUGUUCUCAUAUACCAAACACUUUCUCUUAAAGACUCCUCAGUUUAAUUCUGACAUUAAAUGAGUUUUGUUGCCAGUGUGGGAAUUCAAACACAUCACUUGUUUUCUGUCCCCAGGGUUGUAGCUUGGCUCCAUGUGUUUACAGUCUCAUGUUCAAUGGCAGGCACUGAAGAGGGGUCUAAGACUUGACUGAAACUGGCGCAGUCCCGCAGAACACAGAGCUUUGCAGGAUGAGAAUGGGCCUGUGAGCAUUCAUUCUCUCUUUUUUUUUGAUAAAUGUCAAACAAACUUGUUUUUGCUUUACCAGUAAAAUGCCCUCAGCAGAAUAAAAUUUAAAUUUGGAAAUUACAGAGCUUGAUACUGAAUCCAUCAGUGACUCUUUCAUGAGAAAUAACACUAUUUGCCUGAAGCAACCUAAGAUGUAUUAAUUGUGAAAUUGUGUUAGAUGGGUUUUUAAGAACUACUUCCUACAGUUUGGGCACAGUUUGAAAGGUGAGUUUUUGAUCUGCAGUGUUGAACAGCCAAUCUAGAGUUACGUAAUAUUGGAUGACAAAGGGAGCUGUGACUUUGUUUGCAGGACAUCUGCCAAAUGGCGUAUAAGAUCCAUCAGGUUUUUAUCAGAGAGGGCAUUAUUGUCCAAUGAAAGAAGCAAAAGGACUUUGGGUCAUUAGAAGCAUCUGCAUAAAAGCUGGAAAGAUCUACUCCUACCUGCUCUGAAGCUGGCCUGUUGGUGAUCAACUGUGUAGUGAGGAAAUAGGUUUUAAUAAUAGAUGGUCCUUCUAGAUCACUGUAUUUAUUUUGAGAAGAAAGACAAAACAACUAUUACAUUCCACUGUCAGCUUUCUGCUUAAAGUUUCAGAAUAUGCAGAUGUCAGCUUCUGAAAAACAAGUAUCACCAUGUACCAAAUGCUUUACCAUCACAUUUGUGAACUUAGUGUGAUCCUAAUUUGUGUAAAUACGUCUCUUAAAUGGUUUUGGAGAGAUGUGAUUUAUUUUUCAUAUUUAAAAGAAAAUGCAUUCCAUUUCAAAUAAAGUAUUGAGAUGACCAA